ACCUGCAAUCAUUUUAUGAAUCCUUGUUUACAUUUUCCUGGAAUGGCGAUUAAUAUUGUUCAUCUCUGAAACAGAUACAGAUCAGAAGAGAACUUUGUUAUCAUGGAAAUCCAAGGACAAGAUGAGUUGAGAGAUCCGACAUUAGAAGAGCUUGGUUUACAUCCCCACUGUCUGAACUGCAUCACCAAACGCUGUAACGUCUCUGUUCAACCGGGGGUAUCAUGUGCACAUAUCUACUGCCCAUUCAAGUGUGGUGCCUAUUUUCAUCAGUGCAAGGCAGAUGACCACAGCGAGUUGUGUCAAAAUGUCAAGACAGAGUGUCUGAACUCUAAACUUGGUUGCCAGGCGAUAAUGAGACGCGCUCUAUGCAUCAACCAUCUCCAGCAGUGCCCUGCCCAUGUCAUCAUGUGUGGCCAGUCGAUAGCAAGAGAUGACUAUGAGAGUCACUUUUGUGAUGGUCAUGAUCAUGAGUGUGAGCCUGUCCUUGGGGUGUGGAAGGAGCAACGUAGAGCCUUGAUGUUACCUGCAGAAGAAGAGGGAACAGCGGGGUUAGCAGAGGUCGGGUCAAAGGGCAAAGAGAAGAAAGAAGGGGAUGGUGGGGCUGGGAAGAAGGAUGAAACAGACAGUGCAGGGAAGAAAGAUGAAGAUGCAAAGUCCUCCUCAACGCCCAAGCCUCAGGAUCCUCUCCACACCGUGCCUUGGCAGCUGAGGGAUCAGGGGAUGGAAGGAGAAGGGGAGCAAGACGGGGAAGACGAAACGGCCCCUCCCCUCUCCCCUCCUCCUCUCUCCCCUCCCCCCGUCUUGCCAUCCCUAGAUGAGUCUGUGCAGCUCAGUCUCCUGCCUUACGGGAUCCUCCAGGAGAUUGGGCUCCACCUGGACCGGGAGUCGCUCCAUGAGCUGGCCCUCACUUCCCUCUUCUUCAGGGAAGUGGCCGCAUCCCUCCUCCGGAAGAAGGGACUGGUGGAAACGAGAUGGAAGAAAGAGGAUGACAAAUGGAUGGAAGAUGGAAAGAUUUGGCGGUAUGUUCCGGCACAUCUCAAACCAGAACCGAAGGAAAGUUAGAGCUAACUGUACUCGUGUUUCCUAUUUGAAAUAUUCUUUUUAAAUUAAAGAUACGGGGGAGAAUAAAACAAUUUGUAAUUCAGAAUUGUUAGUUUAUUGAAUUUGGUGUCUAGGCAACUAUAUAUGAAUGUAGAUCUUAGGAAUUAAAAGCAA